CAGUCCCACAUUGAUCCUUCAGAACGAGGCUGGGCUGCCUUCGGAAGCUUGCGCUGCAUUCCACUCCAUUCAUGCUGGGGAGCAGCAGCCACACUGUCGUGAGGAGCUGCGAGCUGUGACUUACCCAGAAGCGAGAGAAGGGUCCGCGAGUUUGGGAAUGUAAUUAUGGCAAGGAUAUCCCACCCGAGGAUCGCUUCAAUCGGGUUCUUCACUUUGCCACUGCAGAUGAUGCUAUAGAUGACAGAUCCAAACAAAGAGAAAAGGACGUUGGAUCAAUAGCUGUUUUUUCAUCCCUAAAUAAAAAUCCAGAAUUUACCAUCUGGAGCAAAGCAAACAUGAGGCCCCUUUACAGACAUUCUUGCCCCUUUUUGUACCUGUGCAUUCUUUUGAUUUUGGUGGUAACAACCUCGGUGGUAGCCAAAGGGACCCCUAAACCUUUUAAAACUUUCUCCCCGAAGGAAAUGGGUCUGACGCACUUGGUGAUCCACAAUAAAACUGGGGAAGUCUAUGUGGGAGCCGUUAACUGGAUUUACAAGCUCUCGAACAACCUCACUCUGUUGCGGAAUCACAUGACAGGUCCUGUGGAAGAUAAUGAGAAAUGCUACCCUCCUCCUAGUGUCCAGUCCUGUCCACAUGGCCUGGUGCUCACCAAUAACGUCAACAAGCUCUUGUUGAUCGACUACAUGCAGAACCGACUGAUUGCCUGUGGCAGUGCCUCUCAGGGGAUAUGUCAGUUUUUGCGGUUGGAUGACCUCUUCAAACUCGGGGAACCCCACCACCGGAAGGAGCAUUACCUGUCCAGCGUCAACGAGUCGGGGACCAUGUCCGGGGUUAUCAUUGAAGGCUUCAAUGGGCACAACACAAAGCUCUUUAUUGGCACACCUAUUGAUGGCAAGUCAGAAUACUUCCCCACCCUCUCCAGUCGCAAACUGAUGGUCAACGAGGAGAACGCUGACAUGUUUAGCUUUGUCUAUCAGGAUGAGUUUGUCUCCUCCCAGCUGAAGAUCCCUUCUGACACUCUCUCCAAGUUCCCAGCUUUUGACAUCUACUACAUCUACAGCUUCAGCAGUGAGCAGUUCGUGUAUUAUCUCACUCUCCAGCUUGACACCCAGCUGACAUCUCCGGAUGCCAGUGGGGAGCAGUUCUUCACCUCCAAGAUCGUGCGCCUCUGUGUGGAUGACCCCAAGUUCUACUCCUACGUGGAGUUCCCCAUUGGCUGCACCAAGGAUGGUGUGGAGUACCGCCUCAUACAGGACGCCUACCUCAGUCGGCCUGGCAAGCAUCUGGCCAGGUCUCUGGGCAUCUCGGAGAAGGAGGACAUCCUUUUCACUGUUUUCUCUCAAGGUCAGAAGAACCGAGCCAAGCCACCCAAGGAGUCAGCCCUGUGCCUCUUCACUCUGCGCAAGAUCAAGGAGAAAAUCAAAGAAAGGAUUCAGUCCUGCUACAAAGGAGAAGGCAAACUAUCCCUACCGUGGCUGCUGAACAAGGAACUAGCCUGUAUCAACUCGCCUUUACAGAUUGAUGACAAUUUCUGUGGGCAGGAUUUUAAUCAGCCACUGGGUGGGACUAGCACCAUUGAAGGAAUACCUUUGUUCGUUGACAAAGACGAUGGAAUGACUUCUGUGGCGGCCUAUGACUACAGAGGGAACACAGUGGCGUUUGCAGGAACGCGGAGUGGCAAAAUGAAGAAGAUCCUGGUGAACUCCGUGAACCCUGCCCAGCCAGCUCUGCUCUAUGAGAAUGUGGUGGUAAGCGAUGGUGGCCCCAUUCUGAGAGACCUGCUGUUCAGUCCAGACUACCAGCACAUCUACACCAUGACAGAGAAGCAGGUCAGGCGUGUCCCAGUGGAGAGCUGUGAGCAGUACACAAGCUGUGGAGAAUGUCUGGGCUCCAAAGAUCCACACUGUGGCUGGUGUGUCCUCCACAACAUCUGUUCCCGCAAGGACAGGUGCGAACGGGCUGAUGAGCCCCAGCGCUUUGCCUCAGACCUGCGCCAGUGCGUCCAGCUCAGCGUCCAGCCCAAGAACAUCUCGGUCACCACGUCUGAGGUCCAGCUGGUUCUACAAGCACGCAAUGUGCCUGACCUCUCAGCUGGUGUCAACUGCUCCUUUGAGGACUUCACAGAGAGUGAGGGGCGGAUUGAGGGCGGAUACAUCUACUGUCUGUCCCCCUCUGCAAAGGAUGUCAUCCCUAUCACACGUGGCCAGGGUGAUAAGCGGGUGGUGAAACUGUUCCUCAAGUCAAAAGAAACGGGGAAGAAGUUUGCGAGUGUUGACUUUGUAUUUUACAACUGCAGUGUUCAUCAGUCCUGCCUCUCCUGCGUUAAUGGUUCCUUUCCCUGUCACUGGUGCAAGUAUCGCCACAUGUGUACCCACAAUGCUGCAGAUUGCUCUUUCCAGGAGGGACGAGUCAAUGUGUCUGAGGACUGCCCUCAGAUCCUCCCAUCUACUCAAAUCUACAUCCCAGUGGGUGUCGUGAAGCCCAUCACGCUGGCAGCCAAGAAUCUCCCACAGCCGCAGUCUGGCCAGAGAAACUACGAGUGCAUCUUUCACAUCCAAGGCACGGUCAUCAGUGUCACAGCUCUGCGCUUCAAUAGCACCAGUAUUCAGUGCCAGAAAACCUCGUAUGUCUAUGAAGGAAAUGACAUCAGUGAUCUUCCUGUUGACCUCUCUGUGGUGUGGAAUGGAAACUUUGUUAUCGACAAUCCCCAGAAUAUUCAAGCUCACUUGUACAAGUGCUCGGCCCUCCGCGAGAGCUGUGGCCUUUGUCUAAAGGCCGACCCGCGCUUCGAGUGUGGCUGGUGCGCUCAGGAGAAGAAGUGCUCCCUUCGGCAACACUGCCCGGCCCAGGAAAGCAGUUGGAUGCACGCCAGCGCUGGGAACAGCAGGUGCACCCAUCCCAAAAUCACCAAGCUGUUACCCGAAACCGGCCCCAGGCAAGGUGGAACCCGGCUGACUAUCAUUGGUGAGAACCUGGGGCUUCAGUUCCGAGAUAUCCAAUCAGGAGUAAGAGUGGGGAAGGUCAUAUGUCACCCCAUUGAGGAAGAGUACAUCAGCGCUGAGCAGAUUGUGUGCCAGAUUUCUGACGCCACUGGCUACAGGGUUCAGGAGGCCCACGUUGAAGUGUGUGUGAGGGAUUGCAGCUCAGAUUACAGAGCCACCUCGCCUAAAUCCUUCACCUUUGUGACCCCCUAUUUUACCAAAGUGAAUCCAUCGAGAGGUCCAGUCUCUGGAGGAACACAGAUAACUAUUGAAGGGAAUCACCUAAAUGCUGGCAGCGCAGUCUCAGUUAACAUUGGGCUCCAUCCGUGCAAGUUCGAGAGGAGGAGCGCCAGAGAGAUUGUAUGUGUGACCCCUGCAGGUCAAAGUUCAGGGGGAACUCCUGUCAUGGUGGAUAUCAACUGGGCGGAACUGAGGAACCCGGAGGUCAAGUUUAAUUACACAGAGGACCCGACAAUCCUGAAAAUAGAUCCGGAGUGGAGCAUUGCCAGUGGUGGAACUUUGCUGACCAUUUCUGGCACCAAUUUAGCCACUAUCAAAGAACCCAAGAUAAGGGCCAAGUAUGGUUCUGCAGAAUCCAUCAAUAAUUGCACUGUCCACAAUGACACCACAAUGGUAUGCUUUGCUCCUUCUGUGGCUGAUACAGAGAAAAGCUUCUCUGACAGUGGAGACAGGCCAGAUGAAAUUGGGUUCAUCAUGGACAACGUCCAAUCUGUGCUCAUCAUCAAUGAAACAGUGUUCAGUUACUAUCCCGACCCUGUCUUUGAGCCGCUGAGUCCCACAGGAAUCCUGGAACUCAAGCCAAGCUCUCCUCUUAUUCUCAAGGGACGGAACCUGAUUCCAUCAGCUCCUGGAAACUCCAGACUGAACUACACUGUUCUUAUUGGCGAGACCCCCUGCAUGCUAACACUUUCCGAAACGCAGCUUCUCUGUGAGUGGCCCAACCUCACUGGCCAGCAUAAAGUGACUAUUAAAGCUGGUGGCUUUGAGUACUCUCCGGGGACACUGCAGAUCUACUCAGACAGCCUCUUGACUCUGCCGGCCAUCAUCGGGAUUGGAGGCGGAGGUGGCCUGCUGCUCCUCAUCAUAAUCAUUGUUCUCAUCGCCUACAAGCGGAAGUCCCGCGAUGCUGACCGUACCCUCAAACGUCUGCAGCUGCAGAUGGACAACCUGGAGUCCCGGGUAGCACUGGAAUGCAAGGAAGCUUUUGCAGAGCUGCAGACUGAUAUCCAUGAGCUCACCAAUGAUUUAGAUGGGGCUGGGAUUCCAUUCCUGGACUACCGGACGUAUGCAAUGAGAGUGCUUUUCCCUGGCAUAGAAGACCACCCAGUGCUGAAAGAGAUGGAGGUGCAAGCCAAUGUGGAGAAGGCCCUGAAUCUGUUUGGGCAGCUCUUGAACAAGAAGCACUUCCUCCUGACCUUUAUUCGGACCCUGGAGGCCCAGCGAAGCUUCUCCAUGCGUGACCGUGGCAACGUGGCCUCCCUCAUCAUGACAGCGCUGCAGGGAGAGAUGGAGUAUGCCACGGGUGUCCUCAAACAGCUCCUCUCUGACCUUAUAGAGAAGAACCUGGAGAGCAAGAACCACCCCAAACUGUUGCUUAGAAGGACUGAGUCUGUAGCUGAGAAAAUGCUGACAAAUUGGUUUACCUUCCUGCUUUACAAAUUCUUGAAGGAAUGUGCAGGAGAACCCCUGUUCAUGCUAUACUGUGCCAUCAAGCAACAGAUGGAGAAAGGACCCAUUGAUGCCAUCACUGGAGAGGCCCGAUACUCUCUGAGUGAGGACAAGCUCAUCCGACAGCAAAUUGACUACAAGACUUUGACUCUGCACUGCGUAAACCCAGAAAAUGAAAAUGCCCCAGAAAUCAUAGUGAAGGGACUGAACUGUGACACCAUCACCCAGGUGAAGGAGAAGCUUCUGGAUGCUGUGUACAAAGGGAUGCCUUACUCCCAGAGACCCAAAGCGGGAGAUAUGGACCUUGAAUGGCGGCAGGGCAGGAUGGCACGGAUCAUCCUUCAGGAUGAGGACGUGACAACCAAGAUCGACAACGACUGGAAACGACUCAACACUCUUGCACACUACCAGGUAACGGAUGGGUCAGUGAUUGCUCUAGUACCGAAGCAGAAUUCAGCAUACAACAUCUCUAACUCCUCCACUUUCACCAAAUCUCUCAGUAGAUACGAAAGCAUGCUUCGCACAGCCAGCAGCCCAGACAGUCUGCGGUCACGUACGCCCAUGAUCACCCCUGAUCUGGAGAGCGGCACCAAGCUCUGGCACUUGGUGAAAAACCAUGACCACUCAGACCAGCGCGAGGGGGACCGUGGCAGCAAGAUGGUCUCCGAGAUUUACUUGACACGGCUGCUAGCCACUAAGGGUACAUUACAGAAAUUCGUUGAUGAUCUCUUUGAGACGAUAUUCAGCACUGCCCACCGUGGCAGUGCCCUUCCCCUUGCUAUCAAGUAUAUGUUCGACUUCUUGGACGAGCAGGCCGACAAGCAUCAGAUCAGCGAUUCAGAUGUGAGGCACACCUGGAAGAGUAACUGCCUACCUCUGCGUUUCUGGGUAAACGUGAUAAAGAAUCCCCAGUUUGUCUUUGAUAUCCACAAGAACAGUAUUACAGAUGCCUGCCUCUCUGUGGUGGCUCAAACAUUCAUGGACUCCUGUUCCACAUCAGAGCACAAAUUAGGCAAGGACUCUCCUUCCAACAAGCUGCUGUAUGCAAAAGACAUUCCAAACUACAAAAAUUGGGUGGAAAGGUACUACUCGGAUAUCUCUAGAAUGCCAGCAAUCAGUGACCAGGAUAUGAGCGCGUACCUGGCUGAACAAUCACGGCUACAUCUGAGCCAGUUCAAUAGCAUGAGCGCGCUGCAUGAGAUCUACUCCUACAUUGUCAAGUACAAAGACGAAAUCUUGUCUGCUUUAGAAAAAGACGAACAAGCCAGGAGACAGAGACUGAGGAGUAAGCUGGAGCAAGUCAUCGACACCAUGGCUAUCGCCAGCUGAAAACUCUGUCUGUGGCCCUGAGAAGAGUCUUGCUGAACACAAACUUAAUAACUGAGAGAACUAAAGCAGUGCACAGUGGAUCCUGCAGGACUGGGCAUGUGUAGCCUGUCUCAAUUAAAAGCAUUUAAAGUGUUUUUUGUUUGUUUUUCUAAAGAUGCUAUCUUUUCAUGGACCCAAUUAAUAACUGAGCUGAGAAGAAAAAUGCAACUGAGACAAGGCACCUUUAUGGAUUUGGAGAUGGUUUCUGGUCACUCUCUGUCACAAAAUGAAGCCUGAAUGGGACUUAAACCUCAAGGACUUUUUUUUGUUGUUGUUGGUUUUAUUUUAUUUUUAAAUAUACUUGACUGCCCAUUAUCUCUGGCCUCCUGCCACUAGUGUUACUGCUAAAUUUGCACAAUUUACAGGAAUUAAAAUACAAAAUAUAAUUUGAGUUUUUAAAGUAAAAAAAUAAAAGUUGAAAAUGUUUCCAUUUUAACAGAAAAAGGAAAUUAUUAUUGAAAUAGUUCUGUUAUGAAAUGAGUUCCAUGCGCUUUGAUAUUUCUGACAAAAACAAAGAAAAACUUGUCCUGUGCCAUGUUUUAUUUGAAUGUUGUUUAGUGCAAACACAUUUUGUUAGAUUAAAAAAUGUGCUAUUAUUUAAAUGUAAACAUGCCUAGUGACUGAAGUUACAGUAGAAAAAGUCAAAAGCAAAAAAAUGAAAGCAGAAAGAUUUAAACUAUUAAGACUGUCUUUUUGAGCAAAAAGGUAGAACUUGUACUUUGAAAAUAAGAAGUACUGUAUAUUUUUGUUUGCAACUCUUUCCUCAUUACAUGUGAUUUCUCAAAAGAGCUAUAAGGAACUGCAGGUUCUGUGGCAUUUAAUUUCUCUCCAGAUUAAACUCACUAGCAUUCUUGAAACACAUUAUCAAGAAUGGUUUAGAAAAGACAUCUGAAAACCCUCUUAAAAAUACAAAGCAUUCAUCCUGCUGGCUGAGCCCUGAGUAUUUUAAUCAUGCUGGUUGGUUGAAUGCUGUUUUAAAAUUGUUUUUGUAAAAUUGUCUUUAAAUCCUAUAACGCACAUUUCCAAUUGCACAAUAAUUCCUAAAUGAAGUAUAUUGAAGACAGACAGAAGAGAAGGUGAUGCAUAGAGAAUCUGUAUUUGGUGCAAAAAACUCUACAAAUGUCAGUCCUUUUUGAGGUGUUCAAGAAUAACAUCAUUUGAAUGACGGCCAUAGCUGUUUUGGAUAAUAUGGAUAUUUAAGUUUGGAUGUCUCCAUACUUCCCAAAUUCUCUUGUCUUAAGAUCUGCCAAUAGAAUUAAAUACUGUAUUUAGACUUUAACAGCUUUUUAAAAAAACAACAGAGUAAUGAGGUUGCCGAAGGCAUUUAGCUUAUGUUCAACAAAGGGGAAAGACCCCAAAGGAUCAGGCUUUCUCCAAAUAUUAUUAUGCAGAUCAAGGUGCAGAGAGUUAGUCAUAAGUAUUAAAGAGAUUGCGAUUGCAAGCUGAAUGAUCUGAGAAAGGGUUAGCUUUGAGGGGAGAAAAAAGAGCCUGGUAUUUAUCAGCUCAUUAGCAGACCAAAGCUAAAUAAUCCCUUUAGCCCAUGGCCUACGUAAAUGGAAAACUGUUGUUGUUAUGUGUAUAGGCUUUUUAAAGAAGAUCUUGAAAGUUUGAUGUUGUGGUAAGAAAUGUAUAAAUUGUUUUCUUCUUGCCUAAAUUAGGCUGUGGUCAGUAGUGGUCAAAGUAUAUAUAUUUUUUCCUUGUUUUUCAGACAGUGAAGCUGUUAUUUUCCCCUUUUUUCCUGUAAUACAGACCUGUCACAGUAGCCAGUUCCUCAAAGAUCAUGGAAAAGGUCUCGGUUACCUUGCUUUAGUGGAAUGUAUGGUAUAAUUCUUUAUAUUUUUAAAUCUCUACAUUUCACAAAGAAUGGAAUGAAAUGAAGACAUGAAAAUCUCAAGUAUAACAAAGAGCUCAGCUUUGUGUGACAAAAGGUUUUAAUUGCUGCUUAAAUAUGUGCUUAUUUACAGGGUGAAGUGUUGUUUUUUUAUUUUGGAAGAUGAAGGUUUUGGCUGUGCAAGUUUAAAUUUGAUAGCAUUGUGACAGAGUCACAGCUUUCUGUGUAUAUUGUGAGAACCAUUCAGUUUCCUGGCAGACACCCUAGUGUAACCUAUAGAUGUCCAUCCUAGACUGGUGAUGAGAAAGGUUGCUAAACUCUGGAAACCUGCCAUGCUGUGAUUUUUAGGUCAAUCACCCAGCGUGAGUAACUUACACAAACAAUAACUGUAAACUUUGAAAACCCUUAUAUCUGUCUGCUUAUCGCAUGCUUUCAAGAGUUUUUAGUUUGCCCACGGUUUUCUGUCUCAAAAAAUAUUAGGGGAGCUGGUUUCCAUUCCAUGUGUUUUAUUUUCACUGUUACAGUGUUGUUGGAGCAAAACUGUAUGUUUUUCGACAAGGCUAUUCCAGUUUUGGACAUUUUUAUAAAUGAACCCCCACCCCCAGGUUAGCAUUCUAUAGUAAUUUUUUGGACCAAUCAUCUGUCUCUUGACUGCAACUUCAACAGGGUUACUUUUAAAAGUGCUAAGCAUCAUUCUUUUUGGGAGCUGCUGAAUGUGUGCCAUAUACAGUAUCUGCUGGUGAUAGACUUCUGCACAUUAAGAAGAGAACACACACCUGAGGCACCAAGCCACUGUUUGCAGUGGUCACAGUUAAGAAGAAGAUAAGUUGUUCUUUCACAUUGGGUUGAUCUUGAUAGCGGACCAUCUCUAGAGUCAGGUGGUCUGGGAAUCAUAGUUGUUACUGCCCACAGUGGUUAGGGUAUGGUAUUUGGGGAGGGUGUACAGGUAUCACUUUUAGAGCAUCGAUAUUAUCAGAUUUAGUUAGCCUUUAUAGCCAUCUUUAUAUAUCUAAACAUAAAGAUGGGAUCAUCUGUUUUUAAUAUUUGUCUUUGAAGACUUUUUUUCUUCUGUUAAUUGGAAGAAAGAUGAUUUGUAUAUCAUCCGUGCAGUAUUAUGUAGUUCAACACUCCAUAAGGUUUCACUUGCCUGAACCCUAGACAUCCUCUUAGAACUUGCUCCACAUUUACAAUGCCUUCAGAACCUGAUUUUCUUUCCUAGAUGAAAGCGGCCUAGUGUUCCGUUGUUUGUUUUUGAGAUAAGUAUGAGAUACACCUUUUCCAUACCUUUCCACCCUUAUCUGCCUGCUAAAUGCAGCUGACAGAAAGCUCAGUAGCAGGAAAAGUCCAGUUCUUAAAGUGUGUUAAAUCUACUAUAGGAAGCAUACAAUGUUUUUAUAGCACUAAAAAAAGAUAAAUAUAACAACUCGUUUCAGCAGCAAUGAUAACAUUUGAUUUUUCUUUGUUAAAUAUGAUCAUCUUUGCACUGUGGCUUUCUUUAUCUAAUUCUCUUCUAUAAAUGUUGUAUGCUUACUACAGUGAUUCUGAUUAAUUCAUAUGAGCAUACGAUUGGUUGUAAUGUAGAAGAAGUGUUUCUGGGUUUACUUCAAUAUGUAGCAGCCUAUCACUAUGCAGGAUAGUCGUUGAAGAUUGUAAAUCCGUUGGUUACAUUGAAAUGUUCAAAGUCUCAGGAGUUUUUUUUUUUAAAGUUUUUCCUGGUUUGUUUUCAGGGGCUGGGGAGAGGGAGUAGGGGGUUUGGGGGAAGGGAGGUGGGGCCUAUUGAUUUUUGCAUGUCUGCUCUAGAUUGUAGAUUGAGUUCCUUUUACAAAUGCAACUGUUCAGGCAGUAGGCCUGAUGUUUUGUUUGUUGUUUAGUUUUUUCUUUACUUUGCCACUUCUUGUACAAAAUCAAGAGACUUAACUAUACAAUCCAUUUCAUUCAAUGGUACUACACAUUUUAUUUUACAUCCAUAAAGGAACAAAGCUGGUUUGUGAUGCUUGCUCUGAUAGAGUAUCUGAAAGGAAAGGAAGAUGCUGUUAGAUUGACUUGUGGAUUCACACACUGAGCAUUCGUUUUGCACAGAGUGCCUUGUCAGCUACAAAACAUCUUUAGGUUGUUUUUACCUCACACUGGUGCAUUUCUCUCCUACCGUACCUUCAGAGAAAAAUACAAAAUGCUGUUUGGCCAGCCCCAUGAGGCUCAUUAAUCUGCCUGCUAUACUAGAAACAGUUUUCAAACUGUUCUUUUACCCAGAGAUUUGUUUCCACAUCACUCCAUAUCACAAAAUGUUUUCCAAAGCAGUUUAACAGUGUGCGUCCUUUCUUUUUUUAAAAAAAAGUGGCAAAUUAAAAUCAACAGUCCUUUUUAAAAUGGGAUAAAAAAAUCAAAGGAAUUUUAAUACUAGAAUACUGAGAACUUUUUAAGAUUGUUUCAGACUUGAAACAACUGUGACAAGUUGGCUGUUUAACGCUCAUUGUGUAAAUAUUCUGCUAUUUCCUAUUUUGCAGAUUUACUACUUGUAAAUAAACACGCAUCAAGGAGAGAUUAAACAUUUUUUUGCUAAAUAA